UUUCUUUCUCUCUCUCUCUCUCCUUCCUAUCCUUUUUUUAAUAGUUCUUCAUGAACAGUACUCUGGAUAUCAGCCAGAAGAAACUGCCCUUAAAGCAUUCAACUAUAACUUACUAUAAUCAGACUAUUGAUGACGCCGAUGAUAAUGAUACCAAUACCUACUAUUGUCAUGAUGAAUUUAAUAAUUACACAUUUUCCGUCACAAGAAGAAGAGGAUCCACUUUUAUUAGCCCGGGACUAUCAAACGAGUCUUCCUUAAUUGAGAUAAAAGUAGGCGUACUGCUACCUUUCCAUCAAAGCAAUGACGGUUGGACAAAGAUGAUGACAAUGAGCGGUAUAUCGGCCAUUCGAUUAGCAGUAGCAGAAAUCAAUACCAAACAGCUCAUACCUGGAGCCUACAUCACUCUUGUCGAAAAAGAUUCAUACCCAAAGCCUGUAGAAGGGCAAGCGGCUAUCACACAAGCUGUAUACUCUGCUAUUUCUUUGAUCCAAGAAGGAGUCGUCGGCAUUAUCGGAGAUAUCUCCUCUUCUUGGACCUCUUUUUCCGCAUUGAUGACGAGCACCUUGCAGAUCCCUCAAUGUUCAUUUUCCGCAGUAGCUACAUCACUCUCUGACAAAACACAGUUUGGUUAUUUCUUCAGAACUGUUCCCACCAAUUUGUUAUACUCGGAUGCCGCUGUAUCCUUUAUCAUAAGCCAGGGCUGGCCAGUUCUUGGCGUCUUGUACUCGGAUGAUGAUUUUGGACAGCAAUUAUCUGAAAGUCUUGUAAUGAAGGCGCGUGUCAGUGGUAUACACGUCAAAUCCUAUCAGUCAUUUUAUGAGGACGGAAUCAAGAGCGACAUUAAAAAGUCCCUGGAUUCACUUGUAUCCACUGGAGUGCGUAUUAUAUUUGUCGCUGCAGAAGGUGAAGCACAGCUGGCAGCCAUGACCUUGGCAGCCCAUGCAGGAUAUAUCAAUAACGAGACAGUAUGGCUUACGACUGAUAUGGAUGUCGACGAUUUAUAUAAGGCUGUAUUGAGUUUCAACUCUAUUAUCGAAAAGCGCGUGAACCAUACAGACAUUGUACCAACCUUAGAGGGAACAAACCAGGAUUUGGCCAUCACAAAAAAGCAAAACAGUUCGGGUCCUAUCGAAUACGCAGCACGAAUGGCAGCCAACUUGACUACGAUCAACUAUAAUAAAACAUUCUCAGGAGGAGUUUUCAGCUUUGAGACUCUAAAUGAGUUACCCGGGUAUGAGCCCUUUGACGAUUUUUUAGGCAAAUGGUCUCAGCUUGAUCCUUUCAUCUAUCCUUAUGGAGGGCAAACCAAUGUCAGCAGUAAUGAAGGCAUGGCAUACUCAUGUAUGAUGGUCAUGGCAGACGGAUUUAACCGCACUGUAUCCAAUUCAACUGGCCUAUCAACGAAUACAACACGCAUGUUGGAACAACUAGCUGCUGGUCAGCUAGGUGAUUACCUUUCUCCUUCGACAUUCAACACUUCCUUUUUAGGGCCUGUAGGGCCUGUAAUUUUGGAUCAAAAUGGUGAUAUGGCCACAGGAAGCUUUAGAGUUUAUAAUAUCCAAAACGGAGCGCAGCGAGAGAUUGGAAGAAUGAUUGCUGGAAAUUUGAACCUUACAUCACCUCCUAUUUUUCACGAUGGCACGACAAAGGUCCCAACUGGUGUACCUGACAGAUCCUAUUUGAAUCCUGGUUACAAAUCUCCAGUGUCGAUAGCUUUGCUUUCAAUAUCUGCCUUUGGAACUGUGAUUGUAUUAUUUAGUAUGAUUAUUGUUAUCUUUUAUCGGAAACGAGAAGUAUUUAAGGCCUCUAGUCCAUUAUUUUGUGUUCUUGAACUUGUGGGGUUUCUGUUGACAUAUGUAUCAGUUGCUUUCUUUUUGGGUUAUCGAAGUCCAUUUAACUGUACAAUGAUACCCAUCACAUUUCACUUAGGCUAUUCACUUAUUUUAGGAAAUCUUAUCGCAAAAAACUAUCGUAUAUAUAGGAUAUUCAAUAAUAUAUUCAUUACAAGGACAGUAGUAACGGAUGGACAGCUACUAAAAGUCUCUGGUGCGAUAGUAACAAUUACUGCUAUUAUCUUAACUGCGUGGUUCUCCUCAACGACCGUAUCAACAGUGAAUAAGCCUGUGUCAAGAAAUGCCUAUUAUGUUGAUUGUGCCUAUGAUGGAAGCAAUGUCACUAUUUUUGUCGCACUAUUGACUUUAUCAGAGUCCUUACAGCUUUGUUUUGCUACGUUUCUUGCCUUCAAGACCCGAUCAGUAGGAAGAUCGUACUCAAAAUACAGCGAAUACAAGCAAAUAGCCGUCUCCGUAUACAACAUCUUUUUCUCCGUCAUCAUUGGGUUUAUCGUCUUUUUCGUACCCACCACUGACUUUUACACGCGUCAUUAUUUAACAGCAACCAUGAUUGUUUGGGCAACUACCUUUUCCCUUUUGGCACUCUUUAUUCCAAAACUACAUGCGUUCUUUUCACCCAAAACAAACAAUAGCAGAAGCCAUGGUAAAGCAUCCGAUCUGAGUAGGAAAAAGCGUUCAGUGUGUGGCAUGGAUAAUCUCCAAUCGAGCCAGGAUAGCCAUGGUGAUGCCACUUACCUUCCACCCGAGUUCCAUGGCAUACAGCGAAGUGACAGUGAAUAUUCUGGCUUAAAAAGUCUGAAUUAUAUGAUUAGCAAUAUGUCGCAUUAUGGUGAUAGCACACCAUCCAAAGUGAAAUUGAAUAGUUUGAACAAGAAGGGUCGUAUGGAAGGAGUCUUGAUGGAAGUGCACGAGGUCGAAGUCCCAGUACAGUAUGCAUUUAGAUACUUUCCCUUUUUAGCUGCUUGGGAGAUGGCACAGGUCAUUCUUAUGCCAGACAUAUCCUAUCUUAGCUUUUAUUCCAAAAAGAGUGGUAGUGGAAGAGCCUUCAAGUAUCACGGAGCAACCAUAGUCUCCUCAAAGGAAGGCUCCUAUGUUUUAAAAGUACAUGGGUUAGGCCUUUGGGAUUUGCUGAUCCAAGUUGAACGAGAAAAGGAGUUGCUCGAGUGGCAUGAUUGGUUUAAUAGCAUAUCCAACGCAAGAGACGAUUUUUUAAUGACGGAUGAAGCAACGUGCUUAGGCUCUCCUUCUUCUUCAUCUGCAGGAAAACGGUUCACAGAAAAUGCUUAUAAAAAAGGUUCGGAUUUUCCAGAAGGCUUUCAAGGUUCACGUAGUGGUAGUGUUAGCAGUAACAGCACCUCGCAUGAUAGUGAAGAUAGACGUGGAAGUGAAAUGACACUUGCCUGUACGGUUGAUAGCAACUAUUAUUAUGAACCUGAUUCUAGUAUGGUGGAGCAUUAUGGAAUAGACGAGAUAAAACAUGCAAAGCAAAUACAAGAGCAAAGGCAACAGCGGCUUCAUAGUAACGGUGAUUUCUCAAGAUUGCUUUCAAACGAACAAGAGAAUGAAGUUGCAGAAUCCUCCACUGAUGCACAAGCGGAUUCUAGAUUGCCGUUUGCUAGUAGCUCAUAAGAAACUUGAGCUAAAAUAAAUUAUCAAUAAAUUAAUUGUCAAUAAAAAAUGAUCGGAAGCUUCCAUUUAGCCGCAC